CUGAAGAGAAAAGUUGAAGCCACGAGUUCGUGAAGGACUUGCUUGAUAGCUGCUAGCGUGUUUCGGUAAGAUUGGUUCUUGUAUCUGCUGUGUUGAUAAUCGUAAAAUUAACCAGUUUAGGAAUGGAUGGUCUGUCGUCUGUGCAGACUCUCCAAGCACUCUCCUCUUUGUUGUCAAAGCGGGACGAAGACGAUGAUUACGAUGAUUUUAAGACUGUACAGGCCUCCGCUAAACUGUGCCCAGGCAAUAUCGGGCCUCCUUCUUCAAACAAACACAACAAAGAAGGCUCCUCCACGUACGCCAAGCAGAACAGCAAAGCCAUCUGGGACGAGGAAGAGGUUCCUGAAGGGGCGCAGUUUGAUGAUCUCACAGACCUACGGCCGGAACCCGAGUAUGACAUCAUCCUGAAGCAGAGUGUUGGUACGGAGGACCUGUUUUUGGGCAUGAGCCGUAAAGACCCCUCCUCAAUGUGCUGUGAGGGCCUGCUGGUGAGGGUGAAGCUUCCAGACACCAAAGCCAGUGAAGUAGUCCUGGACGUUAAAGAGCAGUUUUUGGACCUGCGGACCCCAAAGUAUAAGCUGGGCCUGCAUCUUCCCCAGCCGGUGCACCAGCGAGAGGGAACGGCUCGCUUCAUCAGCGAGAGCGCCGAGCUGGAGAUCACCCUGCUCAUGCAUCGACCCAUGGACCGCAUCAACCUGCCCUGAGACCCAUGGACCACAUCAACCUGCCCUGAG